GCCGGCGGCGGCGGCGGUUGGCGCGGCCCGGGGAGGCGGCUGCACGUGCGGGCGGGGGCGAUGCGUCACUGAUCGGAGGAGCGAGGAUGAACAUGACGCAGGCGCGGGUGCUGGUGGCCGCGGCGGUGGGGCUGGUGGCGGUCCUCCUGUACGCCUCCAUCCACAAGAUCGACGAAGGGCACCUGGCGGUGUACUACAGGGGAGGAGCUUUACUAACUAGCCCCAGUGGACCCGGCUAUCAUAUCAUGUUGCCUUUCAUUACUACGUUCAGAUCUGUGCAGACAACGUUGCAAACUGAUGAAGUGAAAAAUGUGCCUUGUGGAACAAGUGGUGGGGUUAUGAUCUAUAUCGACAGAAUAGAAGUGGUCAAUAUGUUGGCUCCUUAUGCAGUGUUUGAUAUUGUGAGGAACUACACAGCAGAUUAUGACAAGACCUUAAUCUUCAAUAAAAUCCACCAUGAACUGAACCAGUUUUGCAGUGCUCACACACUUCAAGAAGUUUACAUUGAGUUAUUUGAUCAAAUAGAUGAAAACCUCAAGCAAGCUCUGCAAAAGGACUUGAACACCAUGGCCCCGGGCCUCACCAUCCAGGCUGUGCGUGUUACAAAACCCAAAAUCCCAGAAGCCAUAAGAAGAAAUUUUGAGUUAAUGGAGGCUGAGAAGACAAAACUUCUUAUAGCUGCACAGAAGCAAAAGGUUGUGGAGAAGGAAGCCGAGACAGAAAGGAAAAAGGCUGUUAUAGAAGCAGAGAAAGUUGCGCAGGUGGCAAAAAUUCGGUUUCAGCAGAAGGUGAUGGAGAAAGAAACUGAAAAACGCAUAUCUGAAAUUGAAGACGCAGCAUUCCUGGCCAGGGAAAAGGCGAAAGCAGAUGCUGAGUAUUAUGCUGCACACAAGUACGCCACCUCAAACAAGCACAAAUUGACACCGGAAUAUCUGGAGCUUAAAAGGUACCAGGCCAUUGCCUCUAACAGUAAGAUCUACUUUGGCAGCGACAUCCCUAGCAUGUUCGUGGACUCCUCUUGCGCUUUGAAAAAUUCUGAUCAAAGGACUGGAAGGAAAAGCUCACUCCCCUCUGAGGAGGCUCUGGAACCCUCUGGGAAGAGCCCCAUCCAAAACAAGGAGAGCACAGGUUGAUGCAAGAGGUGGAAAUGUUCUGCCCUGUUGAGAUGUGACCCAAGGGGUUAAGUGGGAACAAUGGUGGUUACGCGACUCUUCAGAUUCCCAGAGAACCUGUGUUCCAUUCUGCCUCUCAUUUGGUUGUCCUGAUGUACCGCUGGUUGCAGGACAGAACCAGCUGCUGACACCCGGCAGGUCCUUGCAGCCACGGUCUUGUCAAAUAUCCUAUCUGUGUUCCUUUCUAAACUGGUACUCAUGAAUGAGGGAAAAUCUGAUGCUAAGAUACUGCCUGCACUGGAAUGUUCAACACUACACAUAUAACAAGCUGGUGUUUUUCUAAGCUGAGAUCUAUUGAAUAAUGUUUACAUUGGUCCUUGGGGAGAUGUGUGCUCAGCCCUGCAAGAGCGGCCAGAGCGAAGAACAGCCGGGAUGUGGUGAGUGUGCAGAAGCCUGACUCCGUCUGCACCCGGGCGCCCUCUGUGGGCGCUGGUCCUUGCGCUCUGCCGUGGCAUUAAUACCUAGGCCCUGAAGUUCCCUGGAAGUGAUGUUCCACUUGAGCAACCAUUUACUUGAUAUGAUUUGCACCUUUUUGUUUUCCUGCAGCCAGGCUGGGGGCCUGCGGGGACGUGUGCUUUGCCUCCUAACCAGUGAUUCCUCAUAGAUUCCUAAUCACUAGAUUGUCGCAUUAGUCGGCUCAGAGACAGAGCGUGGUUUGAAGUGCUGGGCGAGAUGAAACCUUUGCUUUGAACCAAAGCUCUGGGGCCCUCCAUUUCCCACUUUGGUGGUGACCGUCUGCCUCACUGCCCCGGGCCACGUGUGACUAAGGUGCCUGGUUUUUAACCACAGUUAGCUCCUCACAUGUCACCGUCUAGCUCUGGCUGGCCAAGAGCGGGACAGGAGCAGCAUACCGUUCCUCGCUGUUUACUGCACAGUAUUGCAUCAUCUUUACAGGAAACCUUGACUUUUAGAACUGGAUUUGGGGUAUGUGCAUUUGCCCCACCACCUCCGCCCUGAAGGCCAAGUCCUCAGGCUGCCGUGGUUCCUAGCACGCCGCUUCUCCUGAAGGUUGUUUGUGCAUCAGGAACCCACUCAGUCACUGAGGAAACACCUAUGUCACUGUCAUCUGUCUCCCCCUCUCCUGGCCCUGAGAUGCUGAAAGCAAAGCUGUUUUCUUCCAACAUCCACCUUCCCGGAGCCUCAGGAAUCCACUGACUCCCUCCCUGAGCAGCCUGUGGAUUUUGUCUUCAGUGAGAGAUUGGCCGAGUCUGCCUGUGGCUCUCGGGGGCCUGGUGGAUUGGACCAUUUCCCCGGGAGUGAGCUUUGCUGAGAUGAGUAUCACAUUGUUGGGCCCGAGUUGUGUAGCUUGUACAGCACUUCUUGUGCGCAGGGUGUUGAAAGCAGACAGAAAACAUGGGGCCUCUUGAGUUGGUCCUGCCAGUCUCGUGGCAGUGUGUGGGUUGUGCCAAACACGGUCGGAAGAGAAACCCCAGAUCUGAUGGGUCUUUUUUCCUGGGCCUUAUAUAAUAGAUGCUUUUGUAAUAUGGAAAGAUUCUUUUUUUUCCCCCUUUGCUCAUUUAAUGAUAAUACAAGAGUUUUGUGUUCCUAAGCCCUCCUUAAAGAACUUUUUGAAAAUAUAAACUCUUCACCUGUCAUUGUGUUGCUGCAGAUAAUGAUUGUUGUGGGAAGUCUGAAUUAUUGACCUUCAUGCUUUUAUUCCUAGAAAUGUUUUCUGUUCACAUGAGCUAAGAAGCUGUUGUCCCAAAGUCAUGGAUAUGGGUUUUCUUACAAGUCACAGCCCUGGUGGCAGAGUUGAGGAACAGGGAAGUAACGUGUGAAGUUAAGAAAAAAAUACUUCCACUGAACUCCGUCGGGAGUCUGCCCCUGCACCCGCUCGGGAGCUCAGAGUCUGCCCCUCCUUCAGGGACGUUCCUUUUGGCAAAUAAACACUGUAAUCUCGAAGUCUAAAUUUCUAUGUGAAAUGCUACCUUUUUUAAAAAAGAAAAUAAAAUUAUUUUACUAUCA